GUUGAGGGUGGGGCGCCAGAGGGAGAGAGAACGUCCUCUAGCUGUGUGCAAGGACACGGCCCUGAACGGUAAAACAGCUUUACUGCUGUUUCCAGCAUCUUGCGGGACGAGGAAAAGGUUCAUCAAUCGAUUUGAGUUUCGACUUUGGGAUAAGUGCGUGUUUAGCGUUUAUACACUGAAUUGUGAUUGCCUGAAUUAAGUUUUCAAACGUCGGCGUGUCACGAAUUUGAAGAAGUUUCCAAAAGUUUUCCAAAACUGCAAACUCCAGUCGGACGACAGGAGAGGAGAUAAUAUGAUUCUUCAAGGAGACCAGCUCCCUCUCCAAUAAGAUAAUGGAGUCUUACAUCUGUGGAGGAUGGUGGCGAUGGAAGUUUCGUAACGUCCUGCCAGUUGCCCUCCUGUUGAUGUCCCUGCAAAGACAAGCAGUGUUGAGCUGUAGUAACUCCAACUGCGUUGUGGUGCUCAAGGACUCCCAGGGUGAAUUCAACUCCCCCUGCUACCCACAAGAUUACCCCAGUAGUCAGGCCUGCAAGUGGACUCUGCAGGCUCCAGCUGGAUUCAUUGUGCAAAUAACCUUCUCUGACUUUGAGCUUGAGGAGGCCCUUGGGUGCAUCUACGACCGCAUCAUUGUCAACACCGGCAACCAAGAUGUUAAGUUUUGUGGCUUAACAGCCAAAGGACUGACGCUAAACUCCACCGGCAAUGUGAUGGAGGUGUCAUUUAACUCAGACUUUAGCGUCCAAAAGAAAGGCUUCAGUGUCAGUUACAGGCAAGUUGCCGUGGCGCUAAGGAACCAGAAGGUCACAGUGUCCAACGGCGCAGGCAAAGUGGUCCAAGUCUCCAACUCGGUGACCAUACCUACCCUUCAACAGUUCACUGUGUGCUUCGAGAUAGCCCGGCCCAACCAAAAGAGCAAGGAGACUAUCUUCUCUUACACCCGGCUAGAGGACAGCAGCGGUGAAGAAGCCCUCAGCUUCGGAAAUAACCAGGAUGGAAUGGCACUGGUCAUGAGUAACGAGACAUGUCUGAUAGACUCUAUCCUCAACGCCUCAGACUUCACUUCCACCAUGAAGCAAUUCUGUCUCACGUGGGCCUCCACCACAGGCAAAGUGACCCUCUACUUCAACAGCAUCUACAGGGUCAAGACCUGCUCCAACACAAUUGGGCACUCGGUGGGGGCUGGGGGGCUCUUCAGGCUGGGGUCCCAUAGUAGCUUUGAUGGGACCAUCUAUAACUUCCGCUUGUGGAAUUAUGCCAUGGACAUGACACAGCUGGUCGCCCUCACCUGUGAUGCUGUCGGCAAUGUCAUCGACUGGGACAACAGCUUCUGGGACAUCCCCUCUUCACUGGCACAGACGGACAGCGCACUAAGCUGCAUCUGUUUCCCACAUUGCAUACACUUAACAACGGCUGCUCCAUCUAGUGGUACCUCUGUACCCGUCUAUACAUCACAAACCACCAGCUGUGCCUCUCCUGGACUGGGCUGCCCAGCAACAUUAACUUCCACCAGCUCAUCCAUUGUCACCACUAACAUGAUUGCUACUAAUUCAACAACCCACGUUCUCUCUGCUACCACUUCAUCUGCCACCACUACUAGCAUGCCUCUAACUACCAGCUCAUCAACUGUUCAAACCACUACCACGACCACUCCUGCAGCUACAACUAAUGUGCCGACAUUACCCAGCACAACCACUGCAACAUUAACUUCCACCAGCUCAUCCAUUGUCACCACUAACAUGAUUGCUACUAAUUCAACAACCCACGUUCUCUCUGCUACCACUUCAUCUGCUACCACUACUAGCAUGCCUCUAACUACCAGCUCAUCGACUGUUCAAACCACUACUACGGCCACUCCUGCAGCUACAACUAAUGUGCCGACAUUACCCAGCACAACCACUGUUACUCAAACCAUUAUCCCAUCUGCAGCAGCCGCUACUAACACACCUCUAUUCUACAGCACAACCAAUGCACUGACAGCUUCUGCUACAACCAUUGUUUCAAACCCAGCUACAACUAACUUGCCUACCACUAACAACACAGUGCAUGUAACGACUACUCCCCCAUUAUCCCCUACUACUAACACCCCAGCUAACAUCACCACUACCCCGGUGUCUGAAGCCACUACUCCCCCACCGUCCUCGACUAACAUGUCUCCUACUGUCAUGUCCACUAACAUCAUUAAGCUGGAGGGUCUUUUCUACAGGAUCUCCUUUGUUGUCAAUGACAAGGAGGCCAAACUAACAGAGUCUGAUGUUGAGAAAACUGUUGCACAAUGGCUCAAUCAAACAUUCCAAAACUGGACACAUGUGGUCUAUGUCGAUAAUUUCAGAAUCCAGCCUAACAGUGACUCACAGCUUAAGAGGAGUGCCAGUAAAAAAUUCACUUGCCAGGCCCUGCUGGUCUAUCAGACCAGCACCAAUGUGACCCUGGAAGAAGUAGCCAUCUCCACCAGGAUGGUGGGAAGCAGCCCUAACAUUGGCAAUGGACUGGAGCUAGAAACUGUCAACGUGCAGUCUGUCGAGAACUGCCCAGAGGAAACUCCCCUCCAUUAUAUCUGGCCAGAGAGCAGACCAACGGUCACUCAGUAUGUCCCCUGUUUCCCCAACAAAGACCAGACUGCAUCCAGAACAUGUGUGAUCAGCCCCCUGAAUUACACAGCGUUUUGGGGCGCCCCAGACAUCAGUAAUUGCACUGAUAUCGAUUCCAUCAAUGUUUCAGCAGAGAACGCUGCUGAAGUUGCCGACCAGCUUGCUGACAUCACCAACAACGAGCUCUCCACAGACGAGGUGUUCAAGGUGGUGGGCAAAGUGAAGGAGCUGGUCAACGUGGCCAAGAUCAACACCACUCUGGCCACCACCGUAUUGAACAUCAUCUCCAACGUGAUGACCAGCUCUGUGUCAGCCCUGGCUGUCGCCUCAGAGAGGACAUUGAAGACGGUGGAUGAGCUGGUUCAGAAGUUAGAGUUUGAUGGGCCUUCAGUGAGCAUCACCUCUAAAAAUCUGGCUCUGGGCAUCUCAACACUAAACCAUGGCAAGUUCAACGGGACCUCCUUCAGUGCCUUCAUACAGCCCAACACCACAGACCUCCAGAUUGACUUUGAGUCUAAUCAGCUGAAUCCCCUGGCUCAGGUCACACUGCCAGCUACUUUGCUCAAAAACCUAACCGACGCUGAGACCGCUGCCAUCUCCAGGAUUAACUUCAUGUUCUUCAGCAAGAUAGGACUAUUCCAGGACAAACAGGACGGGAUGUCUCUUAACAGCUAUGUCGUGGCCAGCAGUGUGGGCAAUUACUCCAUCAGUAACCUGCAGGAUCCCGUGGAGAUUGAGAUAGUACACCUGAAUUACCAGCCAAAGCCAAAGCCAACCUGCAUGUUCUGGGAUUUUACCAUGAAAAAUGACUCAGGUGGCUGGAACAGUAAAGGCUGCAGGGUUAGUCCCAUGUCCAAUGGAAACAAGACUAUCUGCCUCUGUGACCAUCUCACACACUUUGGCAUUCUAAUGGAUAUCUCUGGAUCUGCUGCACAGAUUGAUGAGAAAAACACCAAGAUUCUUACCUUCAUCACCUACAUCGGAUGUGGCAUAUCGGCCAUCUUCUCUGCCGUAACGCUUCUGACUUAUAUUGCCUUUGAGAAGUUGCGUCGUGACUACCCGUCCAAGAUUCUGAUGAACCUGAGCACGUCACUGCUCUUCCUCAACAUGGUGUUCCUAUUGGAUGGCUGGCUGGCCUCCUUCGAAAUGGAGGGCCUGUGUGUGGCUGUGGCCGUCUUCCUCCACUUCUUCCUGCUCACAUCCUUCACCUGGAUGGGCCUUGAGUCCAUCCACAUGUACAUCGCCCUGGUCAAAGUUUUCAACACCUACAUCCGGAGGUACAUUCUCAAGUUCUGCAUCGUCGGCUGGGGUCUGCCUGCUGCGAUAGUUGCUACAGUGGUAGCUAUUGACAAAAACUCCUAUGGGAAAAUGGAGUAUGGAAAGGGGGACACUGGACAAGGCUCUUCUGAAUUCUGUUGGAUCCGGAGCCAUGUGGUGUUCUAUGUAACGUGUGUGGGCUACUUCUCUGUCAUCUUCCUCCUGAACGUGGCCAUGUUCAUCGUGGUUAUGAUCCAGAUCUGCGGUCGCAACGGGAAGCGUAGCAACCACACACUGCGUGAGGAGGUGCUGAGGAACCUGAGGAGCGUCAUCAGUCUCACCUUCCUCCUGGGCAUGACCUGGGGCUUCGCCUUCUUCGCCUGGGGACCCGUCAACCUGGCCUUCAUGUACCUCUUCUCCAUCUCCAACUCACUGCAAGGUUUAUUCAUCUUCAUAUUCCACUGUGCACUGAAGGAGAAUGUCCAGAAACAGUGGAGGAGAUACUUGUGUUGUGGCAGAUUCCGCCUGGCAGACAACUCAGACUGGAGCAAGACGGCCACUAACAACACCAAGAAGGUCAGCUCAGACACGGUGGGGAAGUCCCUGUCCUCCAGCUCUUUUGGCUCCAGUACAGCAAACUGGACUUCCAAAGCCAAAGCAACUCUAAACCCCUUUGCAAAGCGCAACAGUAAUGCAGGUAAAGGUUACUCCAACCAGACCAAUCCUAAAAGUGUCUCCUUGGAUGGUGAGGCCUCCUCUUCCUCCUCCUCCAUCAUCCCAGUGCACCAAGUCAUUGACAAGGUCAAAGGUUACUGCUCGGCGCGCUCUGACAACUUCUACAAGAACAUCAUCAUGUCGGACAGCUUCAGCCACAGCACCAAGUUCUAGACCACCCGGCACUUCUCUUUUUCUCCCUGCUUUUUCUGCUACCCCCUAACCAGUGGUGAUCUCCCCCAGUCCACAGUCUCACCCCAGGGUUGUAGCUUCCAGAGCAGCAGGGCUGUAAUUGUUUUUACUGUACAAUAUUUGACUUAAUCAGCUGGUCCAGUCAAUGAGAUGUACUGAAAGGGGAAGUGGGAAAUGCAUAGUUCUGUAGAAAAGGGAAGGGCUAAGCGGAGAAUGGAGUUUGGGAUUUACAUACUGUGACAUUAAUCUUUAACUGGCUAUGUGUUGUGUAAAUAUUUAUGGUAUAUCUAAUACGCCCACUAUAAUUGAUUCUCAGUUGGUGUUGCACAUGCCUUGGGUUUUCAGUAGGGUCACCUUUCCUGUACAGAACUAUCAACAAUCUUAACUGUUCUGUUCUCAUUCUGCAAUCUGUAGAAAUCCAGUAUGAGCAACAGGGAAGCAAAAUCCUCCAAUCUGGACCAAAUAUUCAGGCUUAGGCCUAUAUUUCAAACCCAAAGACUACCAAACGUGAGGGAGUUUUUAAAAGCUGUAGCAUUGUCAACGUGUGCUCAAAAGGAACAGGUUGAGGUGUAGUUCUGGCUUUAGUCAUCUAUUUGUGAAUCCUGUGUGUGUUUAUUUGCUGGAAAGCAAUGUUAUGUUCCUUUACAGUGCCUUGCAUGAGGAGGUUUUGCAUAAAGUACUUUAUCUUGGUCAGCGUACCAACAUCAUCAUCACGACUAUGUUAUAUUUGUCAUGUAUAUAUUUUUUAAACCUUCAGAUGCUCUACUACUGAAUAACACAUGCAGAAAUGGAUGUCUGGUAUUGGUCCAUUCACUACUACUUCAUUUUGGUCACUUCGAUUUAGGACAACCUCUGUGGGUGACCUGUGUUUAAAGUGUCAUUUAGUCUGACCCUUCUAUGGAUAGAGGUUACCAGAGCCAUGUAUUUACACUAUAUAUAUGGCUGUAGAAGUUACUAAACCUGCAGCCAUUAAACUUAGAUUUGGUAAAAGAGUUUCAUAAACAUUCCACAUUGAAUUGUUCCGCAGUACAGCAACUCACAACAUACUGUAAUGAUUGAAAAGGGACAACAAAACACUGGCAUUAUUUGUUCAUCCACGUUCAUGCCAACAUUUUAAAAUGGCAACAUGUUAAUCUGCUCUUCCGUGUUGCUUUAGUUUAGCUUAAUAUGGUAGUCUUAUUUUCCCACCAAUAGGGGAACUGAAUAUAUUGCAUUACGUUAAAUGUUGCUGUGUGAGCUAUUGUUGUUUGUGUUUGUGAAGCGAUGGAACAAUGUUGUUUAAAAGUGUCUUUAUAUUUAUUUCUAUAGAGCUUUUCGCAUUUGUUAUUCCUCUUGAAUCCCCAAUGCCAGUUGAUCAGGACUAUACCCCUGGAUAGAUUGAUAUACUGUUUUUGUAAAGAUGGACCUUGGUGGGCAAACAAAGCUUCGCUCUUGACCUGGGCAGGCGAACUGGGCCAGUUAUAUUUUGGAAGCAGUCAGUGUUCUCAACUGUUCUUUUCCAGCAUCAGGAAAAUAAUCGGAGCAUCAAUGAGAAAUUCCCUCAGGGGCCAAAUUUCAAGAGGUAAUGUGGUGUUGAACAGAUUUGGGGUCUUCAUUUCAAGAACGUGUGGGAAGGGAUUACAGUGGGUUGAGAUCGCAAGAUGGAGUUCUCAUCUUUACAUUGAAUUGGAAAAUGACUGCUGGCAUCAUCGUUAUACAUAUUUGAAUAAGAUAUCCCAAAAUACACAUUUCCCAAUAUUCAACAAAGUAGUUAUCAACCUUUAUCCAGUCAUGUUAUUUGUUAUAGGCUAUUAUUUAGAGGUGCACAUUGUUCUAUCAAUGCAGAAAGAAUCCAGACAUCAUUUUCUCUGAUUCAAUUGUACAUUUCCCUAAUAAUUAAAUAAUGUUUCCAGGACAAAGAGCUAGGAAAUUACAAUGGUUAGAUCCAAACCAAUAUUGUACUUAGAUGUAUCACUGAUUUAAUAUGGAUGGUCUGGGUCUAUUUGAAAACAUUCUCCAAACCCUGUUAUUAGUUUUUCCACAACUUUUGUCAAUAAUAUAUUUUCUUGAAGCUGUCUCUGUAUGUCUCAACACCAUUGAUGAAUUGUGUUUCACCAAUAAAGGCAAUUAAAAGAACUGAAA